AUUAAUUAAUUAAGGUCGGUCAAGUCACCAUUCUUCUUUGGCAUUCCAUUGAAAAACGUUUCCAGCUCAAAACUUCUGACUUUCUCUCUCCUUAAUCCUCCUUCAUCUUCCCACAGCUUUAGUGAGAGAAGGAGAAAGGUCCAAAUUCCUAAAUUAAACUUUUUUUAUUUUCAUAAUUAUAAAUAAAUGAAAAGUGCUCUCCCAAAUUCACAUUCUCUAUUUGAAUCAAAAAUAUUUCAACACCCUUCUCCUUGUUUUUCUCCUCUCAAAACCGUCCACAACACCCAACACUGUCCCACAAAAAAAUUGUUGUGGAACACGCCUUAAUAGGUAAAAACCCGUAUCCAAACGGCUAAAGCUAAACCUAUUUAACCCAACAACCAAAAUAAAUUUGUUGGUCUUUUACAUAUUAUCAUCAUCAUCUUCCCACGCCGCCAUGAACUACCACAUUUUAUCUGAAAUUUGGGGUGUUCUUAGGUUGGCGGCUCCAUAUUUGGCAACAUUACUCGCAUCAAUAAUUCUAAUCGAGCAAAUCGUCUACUUGAGGAAGAAAUCAAGGUUACCAGGGCCAACCCUGGUACUCCCAUUUCUCGGUAAUGUCGUCGGGUUAGUUCGGGAUCCGGAGAAAUUCUGGGACGAGCAAGCGGACUACGCCAAAUCAACCCCUCUCGGAAUAUCCGUCAAUUACAUCAUCGGAAAGUUCAUCGUUUUCAUUCGAAACUCCGAGAUGAGUCACAAGAUAUUCGCCAAUGUCCGGCCUAAUGCAUUCCAGCUAGUAGGCCACCCAUUUGGGAAGAAGCUAUUUGGCGAGCAUAACAUGAUCUAUUUAUACGGUCAAGAACACAAAGAUCUUCGACGUCGGAUAGCGCCGAACUUCACCCCGAAAGCGCUGGCUACCUACUCGAAUAUCCAGCAGGUAGUUAUACUCAAGCAUCUGAUAAAUUGGAGUGAAAAUCAGUCGCAUUGUCCGGUUGGGCUGCGACUGUUGGCGAGAGAAAUGAAUCUAGAAACUUCUCAGAAUGUUUUCGCCGGGCCGUAUUUAAAGAAAGAAGCGCGUGAGAGGUUUAAGGUUGAUUAUAACUACUUCAAUGUUGGUGUUAUCGCUCUGCCACUUGAUUUCCCGGGUUUCGCGUUUCGAAACGCGAGGCUCGCGGUGGAUCGACUCGUCGAAACGCUUACGGGUUGUGUCGAGGAGAGUAAGAAGAAGAUGGAGAAGAACGAAGAGCCUGAGUGUUUGAUUGAUUUUUGGAUGCAGGAGAUGGUGAGGGAGGAGAGAGAAAUGGAACAGCCGUCGCAAUCUCCGCCGCCGAAUUGCAGCAACCGUGAGAUCGGAGCUCAUGUGUUUGACUUUUUAUUCGCGGCGCAAGAUGCGUCGACGUCGUCGCUGUUGUGGGCCGUCACAUUGCUGGAUUCACACCCGGAGGUUCUCAAGAAGGUCCGAGAAGAAGUUGAGUCAAUAUGGAAUAUUGAAUUGAAUUCGUUUAUUACGCCAGAUCAGUUAAUUUCAAUGAAAUACACGCAAGCGGUGGCGCGUGAGGUUGUCAGGUACCGCGCCCCCGCUACGCUCGUGCCACACGUGGCGUGUGAGGAGUUUCAUAUAUCAGAGGAAUAUACUAUUCCUAAGGGUACAAUUGUCUUUCCAUCUGUUUACGAGUCUUCCUUUCAAGGGUUUUCCGAAGCGGACCGGUUUGACCCGGACCGCUUCUAUAAUGAGGAAAGGAGGGAAGAGCAGCUAUUCAAGAGGAAUUUUUUAGUGUUUGGCGCGGGGGCUCACCAAUGCGUUGGGCAAAAGUACGCGCUCAACUUGCUCGUGGUGUUCAUUGCGAUGUUCGCCACGUUGAUGGACUUUAAACGACACCGUACCGACGGCUGCGAUGGUCUCAAUUUCUGUCCCACUAUUUGCCCUAAGGAUGAUUGUUCGGUUUCUCUCUCUAAAAGGUGUUUCAAGUUCCCUACACUUUCCCUCUCCCUUGACCAAGACUAGUGAAUGGACAUUAUUACGCUCGUGUGAUUCUUUUUUCCUUGAUUAUUUUUUUGGAAGAUUCAAUGUUUUUUUUAGAUAAUUCUAGAACAUUAUGUCAUUAGAUUCAGUCUCUACAUAAUAAUAGUCAAGUACUAUUUAGCAUUUAAAUUGA